AUGGCAUGCGCUACAGUACCGGUACAGUAUAGAGUACCCAAGGGUACCCUUGGUACUGUACAACACAGCAGUGAUCUGUAUGCAGCAAAAGAGCUGAGGAGUUCGUAUGUCAUUCAUUUUCCUGUUUACUACUUGGCUUCGAAACACAAACACCCGGCCAGCCGUCAUGCUUGGUGUCUAAAGGGUCUUGAAAGGCUAAGUUUGCAGCCACAAGAAUUAAUCUGCCCCGGUAACGCAUCUACAGAAAGAAGCCUGAAAGAGCAUUUCAUCGUUUGUCGCGGCCGGACGAUACCACGCUUUGCCCGUACUUCACCAACUGAGGCUCUCCUGACGCCACUUUUCUUCCACAACAGUAUCAACGAGUUGCCUCCAUCGGGAAGAAUAUGUCCCGUCAUCACCCAGAUUUAA